AUGUUGAAGGGUGAAGAUGUCAACCGGACACUCGAAGGUGGGAGGAAGCCUCUACACUAUGCAGCAGACUGUGGACAACUUGAAAUUCUGGAAUUUCUGCUAUUAAAAGGAGCUGAUAUUAAUGCUCCAGACAAACAUAAUAUCACACCACUCCUAUCAGCAGUCUACGAGGGCCAUGUUUCCUGUGUAAAAUUGCUUCUGUCGAAGGGUGCUGACAAGACUGUGAAAGGCCCAGAUGGAUUAACUGCCUUUGAAGCCACUGACAACCAGGCAAUCAAAACUCUUCUUCAGUGACGGAUGGACUGAUAUCUUAAAUGUCUCUCCUGUGGCCUCACACUGCUGCCUGUCUGUCACUCUUUACAUCUUCCAGCUUCUUCAGCUAAAUACUUUGGGGGGAGGGAAAUUAUCUAUGAAUUAGACUAGUUAGGGGCUUGUAUCCAAGAUAAUCUAUUUGGAAAGGGUUGAAAACUAUUACAAAAAAAUGUCCCUCCAGGACUUCUUUUCAGUGCACAAUCUCUUCCCAUUCCUAGUGAAAAUGGAGGGAGGAAUAGAGACCAUGAUCUCGAAUUCUUGGCUUGUAAACCUCCGAAGUUAGUAUAAGGUUUUUGUUCAAAGAUCCCUUUAGAUGGAAGUACUGUGCUAUGUACCUACAACUGUAAUUGUGAAGGAGACAAUAGUCCCAUGGUAUUAGUGUCUGCCGUAAUCUGAAGUGUAGUAAUGUAGGUGGCUGGAUUGCUUUUCUCUCUUCUCUCAAUGGGUAGCUUUAUCCUUCUGUCUGAAGCUUACAUUGCAGUUUUGAGGACUAUUGAUAUUAGGUAAUGGAGCUGUUCUUCAUAUUGACUAAUUGGAUGUCUCACUAAUGUUCUCCUGAUUCUUGAGUAAACCAGGAAAGAUCAGCUAAGGCAAGGCCUUGUUACACUCCAGAAUAUCUGCCAAGGUACUUUUGGAUGCUUGAACUUGAGGUUUUCUUUCCCAUGUGUGUUCUAGUCCAGAACAGAAGUUUUAACCAGCUGUUUUUGAGGAAAAUUAAAAAUGUCACUAGAGUUAUUUCCAGAAGGAUUGUAAGAAAGAAUGUCUUUAAUCACCGUGUCAGCAUAAAAUCAAUAGAUUGAAAAUGCACAGGCUGUGAAAGCUUCAGGCUGUUUGGUAUGCAGGGAUAAUCAAGUGAAAUGUGCAAAAUGAACAGUUAUUAUUUAGACAUUCAUAUCAGAGGUGAAUAUAGUUGCUAAACUUUUUUUGGUAAACUUUUAAAAUACAUGUAAUGCUUUUAAGUUUAGCUGUUAGGAAAAGGAAGACUUACUAGUAGAAAUCUUAACAACUUGCUGUAGCUACCAGAGAGGGGAAAAACAUUAAUUGUGCAUAUUCUUGAAUUUAUGUUUCAUUGUGGCUGAAUGAACCUCUUAAAAUUUAUUAAGGCAUGGGGUUUGUUCCCACUACAGCCCUACCACGUUAACUAUCAACUUUAGAUAAGACUUACUGUACCACUAAAUAUGAUAGUACUGUGACAGCCUUGACAACUCACGGGAAGGCAUUUAAAAUAGUGAUAGGGAUUUCUGUCACAUCCUUCAGUUCUCAGGAAUGUCUGAGCUUCUGGCUUCCAUCCUGAAAAUUUUCUUCAGACUGCCAAUUCACCCGAGAGAAAAUAACAGUUUUUAUAACAAAAAAGCAUAUACCACAAAAUUGUACAUCUUCCUUUUUUUAAAUACAGAUUUCAAACUUUCUGAUACCGUACAAAAACCAGUGUAUAUAAAACUUUAUGCUGAAUUCUUGAAAGUAGCUGAUAUUAUUUUGAUAUCAUAGCUGAAGUUGGAAGGGUAUGUAGAAGUAGGCUGAUGACUACCACUCAAAUAUUUAAUGGAGAUUAGUUUUAUUGAAUCGUGUUGCAUUUUAGUGUUGAAUGUCUCUGUUAUAAAACACCUUGAGUUUAACGGGUAAAAUGAGACCCAAAUCUGAUUUGCAUUUACACAUCCCAUAAGAAAAGCAAUGGAGGUAGGGGGGGAAAAAAGGCAAUCAACUCUGACCAUAAACUAUACAGAGCAGUUAUUCUUUGCUUCUCGGAAAUGGGUGGCAAGAAAGAGCAGAAAUAUUGGAAAUCACUGGUAAAUCAAUUGAUGAACUGUUCAUGAAAUGACAAGCAUGCUUGGUGAACGGUACUUAUAAUGAGCAUUUAAAGAGAACUCUUUAAUCUUAACUCUGAUCAGUGCUGAAUUGUCAUGUCACUGCAAUAUUGUGAACGUAGAAUAUAGGUUUAACUUUUUAUUCAGCUAUGAAAGUAACCAUCCUUGGCAAAAAUUUGUCUUCAUAUUACGCUAUUAAAUACUUAGCUAUUGAAAUACUAGUCUAGAAAACUGCAGUCUGUUUUUAUGUGGAAAACUUGAAUAAUCAAGUUUUUUGUGUUGAUUAGUGUCAAGUUGUCUGGCCAUAGGUUUUUUGUUUUGUUUUAUCCCCUCUCCUGUCCUCUUCCCUGCCUUCAGCUCUCAUUUAAGUGAGCAUUAUCAUAGUAAAGAAACAUAAUUUUUGUACUAACUCUUCUGGUGAUUCGCUGAGGCAAUUUGCCUUCCUUUUUCUACAAUUGUGUGAACACCUUAUUCUUUCUUACUUGAGGAAAAAAAAAUGCAAACAAACUUCAAGACAAGUGUGAAUCUGGCUGUAGUAUACACCCAAGCUGCCUUUCCAGAUAGUUAAAAGAUGGCAUUUAAUGUUUGAAUCAUUUAAAUAAAAAAAAAAAAAAACUCUUUUGCUUGUUUGCACUACAUGAGAGGUGAUUGAUCAUCUUGCCCAGGACUUAAAAAUAAUAACAAUAAAGAUGAUAACAGCUAAACUCUUUCAUAAUUGUCUAGAAACUGGGCUUGUUCAUUCAUUCCCGUCCUUUUACCUAUAUUGUGAAGAAAAAAACUGGGUGCCUACUUGUAUCUUUGAGUAGGUCCUAACUAGAUGAAAAUACCAAACUGUAAUUUAGUUUACAUUCUGUAAACAGUUAAAUACUUUGUCGGACUGGAAGUGCAUGCACUUGGAAAUCUACUCUUUUCUUGCACCUUUUCCUUUCAAAUUUGUGCUGAAUAAGUUAUAACCUAAAAUGUAUUUUGGAUUUUAUACCCACUGCUCCUUUUUCUUAAGGAGGAGUAAGUGGGGAAAAGAAAUACAAUAAUUAAAUGGAACUUUCCUCCUUUUUCUUGAAGAUAGCAUUGAAUUAUUUGUAGAAGAGGCUGGUAAGAGUGGAGUGUCCUAGGUCAAGCAAUUGCAGUGUUGCAUGCAAAAUUUCAAAAUGAACUGUCUUAAUUAUAUUUUGUAAAUGGAUAAACAAUCAUCUUUCUACGCAGUGAUGGAAGAAAAUUAGUGCUUUGUGCAUUUUGAUAUUUGACUUCCUCUUUUCACCAUUGUAACUGUUUUGACACAGUUGGGUUCAUCAUUAUCAUGGUUCAUAGACAUCAGAAUGCUAAAUGAUACUGUAUUUUUAAGUUUGUGUUGCAAGAACGAAUGGAAUAAACUUGAAUUGUGCGAUA